CUUCACCUGAGGCGGAUUGAAAUUUGCCUGUUAUUUUUUCCAUCCCGUUGAGGCCCCCGUGUUCCUGUGUCUAUGCGUGUGCGCAGGACUGUGCACAGGAAGUCACUUAUUCUUUUCUUUUCUUCUUUGAGGCGGGAGGUGUGGAGAUGCUGAGCUGAAGAUGGGGUCGGUAACCUCGUCCUUCGGCCCGUUGUGUGGGAAAGAGGAGAAGAGAGAGGAGGUGCGACUCUUUCGUGCCAAUGACAGACCCUUCAACCUGUCUUACCACUAUGCCGACAACGCCAUCAAGACCGCCAAAUACAACCUCGUCACCUUCCUGCCGCUCAACCUCUUCGAGCAGUUCCGGAGGCUCGCCAACGCCUACUUCCUCUUCCUCAUGGUCCUCCAGCUCAUCCCGCAAAUCUCCUCCCUGUCCUGGUUCACCACGGCCGUCCCGCUCAUCUUGGUGCUGACCAUGACGGCGAUCAAAGACGCCAGCGACGACCUCAACCGGCACCGAAGCGACAAGCAGGUGAACAACCGCCUGGUGGACGUCCUCAUCGAUGGAGAACUGAGAAAUGAAAAAUGGAUGAACGUUCAGGUUGGAGACAUAAUCAAGCUGGAGAAUAAUCAGUUCGUCACAGCCGACCUCAUGUUGCUGUCCAGCAGCGAGCCUCUCAACCUGGUCUACGUGGAAACGGCUGAACUGGACGGUGAAACCAACCUGAAGGUGAAACAGGCCCUGACGGUAACCGGAGAGAUGGGCGACGGCAUCGACGAGCUGGCUGGCUUCAAGGGUGAAGUGCGAUGCGAGCCUCCCAACAACCGUCUGGACAAGUUCAAGGGAACCCUCUCCCUGGACGGGCACACGUUCUCCCUGGACAACGACAAGGUGCUGCUCAGAGGCUGCACACUGAGGAACACCGAGUGGUGCUUCGGUCUGGUCAUCUUCGGAGGUCCCGACACCAAGCUGAUGCAGAACAGCGGGAAGACGGUCUUCAAACGGACGAGCAUCGACCGCCUGAUGAACGUGCUGGUGUUGUGCAUCUUUGGCUUCCUGGCCCUAAUGUGCACCGUUCUGGCUAUCGGCAACGCCAUCUGGGAGGUGAGGGAGGGCUCGGUGUUCACGGUCUUCCUCCCUCGCGACCAAGAUGCCAGCGCCGCCCUCUCUUCCUUCCUCUCCUUCUGGUCCUACGUCAUCAUCCUCAACACGCUGGUGCCUAUUUCGCUCUACGUCAGUGUGGAGAUCAUCCGUCUGGGGAACAGCUUCUACAUAGACUGGGACCGGAAGAUGUACUAUCCCAAGAGCGACACCCCUGCCCAGGCGAGGACCACCACGCUCAACGAGGAGCUGGGCCAGAUCAAGUACAUCUUCAGCGACAAGACCGGCACCCUGACGCAGAACAUCAUGACCUUCAACAAGUGCUCCAUCAACGGGAACGCGUACGGGGAGCUGUUUGACUUCACUGGACAGAGGGUGGAAAUAACAGAGAAGACGGAGAGAGUGGACUUCUCCUGGAACCAGCUGGCCGAUCCGAAGUUCGCCUUUCACGACCACAGCCUGGUGGAGACGGUGAGGGAGGAAAACCCGGAGGCUCGGAACUUCUUCCGCCUGCUGGCUCUGUGCCACACCGUCAUGCCCGAGGAAAAGAUAGAGGGCGAGCUCAACUACCAGGCCCAGUCUCCCGACGAGGGCGCGCUGGUGACCGCGGCGAGGAACUUUGGUUUUGUGUUCCGCUCGCGCACGCCAGAGACCAUCACGGCCAUAGAGCUGGGCAGGCAGGUCGUCUACGAGCUCCUGGCCAUUCUUGACUUCAAUAACGUCCGCAAGAGGAUGUCCGUCAUAGUGCGUAGCCCGGAAGGCAAGUUGACUCUCUACUGCAAGGGAGCGGACACCUUCAUCUAUGAAAGACUCCACCCGUCCUGCAACAAACUGAUGGAAGUGACCACCAAACACCUCAACGAGUACGCAGGAGACGGCCUUCGCACGCUGGUGCUGGCCUACAAGGACUUGGACGAGAGCUACAUGGAUGAGUGGAAACUGCGCCACCAUGAGGCCAGCACGGCCAUGGACGACCGAGAGGAGAGGCUGGACCAGCUCUACGAAGAGAUAGAGAAAGACCUGAUGCUGUUGGGAGCGACAGCUGUGGAGGACAAGCUGCAGGACGGCGUGCCACAGACCAUUGAGCAACUGGCUAAAGCUGACAUCAAAAUAUGGGUGUUAACUGGUGAUAAGCAGGAGACGGCGGAGAACAUCGGCUACUCCUGCAACAUGCUGAGAGAGGAGAUGAAGGAGAUCUUCGUUGUGUCAGCCAACACGCCGGAAGCAGUCGGAGAGGAGCUACGGAACGCGAGGAGGAAGAUGUGUCCCGGCGCAGCGGAGGAGCCGACUGUGAUCAAGGGUCGAGCCGGCCUGUUUUGGAUGGAGAAGACGGAGAGAGUGGAGGACGAGAAGACGGAGGGAGAAUAUGGCCUAAUUAUUAAUGGUCACAGUCUGGCCUUUGCGCUGGAGAAGAGUUUGCACCUGGAGCUGCUGAGGACGGCGUGCAUGUGUCGGACCGUGAUCUGCUGCAGGGUCACCCCUCUGCAGAAGGCCCAGGUGGUUCAGCUGGUCAAGAAAUACAAGCAGGCCGUCACUCUGGCCAUCGGCGACGGGGCCAACGACGUCAGCAUGAUCAAGGCUGCUCACAUCGGUGUCGGUAUCAGCGGCCAGGAGGGCAUGCAGGCGGUUCUCUCCAGCGACUACUCCUUCGCCCAGUUCCGUUACCUCCAGCGUCUCCUGCUGGUGCACGGCCGCUGGUCCUACCUGCGCAUGUGCAAGUUCCUGCAAUACUUCUUCUACAAGAACUUCACCUUCACCUUUGUGCAUUUCUGGUUCGCCUUCUUCUGCGGCUUCUCUGCUCAGACGGUGUACGACGAGUGGUUCAUCACCUUGUACAACCUGGUUUACACGGCACUUCCUGUCCUCGGCAUGAGCCUCUUUGACCAGGAUGUGAACGACCGCUGGAGUUUCCAGAACCCACAGCUCUACUCCCCGGGCCAGCUGAACCUGUACUUCAGCAAGAAGGCCUUUGUGCGCUGCUUGAUGCACAGCUGCUACAGCUCCCUCAUCCUCUUCUUCAUCCCGUGGGCCGCCAUGCACGACACGGUGCGAGAUGACGGCAAGGACAUCGCCGACUACCAGUCCUUCGCUCUGCUGGCGCAGACCUGUCUGCUGAUCGUGAUGAACAUACAGCUGUGUCUGGACACCCACUACUGGACGGCGGUGAACCAGUUCUUUACCUGGGGGAGCCUGGCCUCGUACUUCGCCAUCACAUUAACCAUGUACAGCAACGGCAUGUUCCUCAUCUUCACCACGUCGUUCCCCUUCAUCGGCACGGCAAGAAACUCUCUGAUCCAGCCCAACGUCUGGCUCACCAUCUUCCUGACCUCCCUCCUCUGCAUUCUGCCCGUGGUGGCUUUCCGCUUCAUUCUCAUCCAGCUUCGGCCCACCAUCAACGACAAGGUGAGACACAAGUUGCGGAAGGAGGCGCUGCCGGCCCCGGCGCCUCGCCGUCCGCCCGCCAGGCGCAUCAGCACCCGCCGCUCGGGCUACGCCUUCUCCCACGCGAAGGGCUACGGCGACCUGGUGACUUCUCGGAGGUUCCUGCUGAAGCGGCCCCUGAGGAGCCGACCGGUGCUGUUCUCGCAGACGGACUCCCCGCUGGCUCAGAAUCAGCCGCAGGUCUACCGCACCAUCACCGAGGAGCCGGAGGAACCCCGGGGCCCUGUGAGCGUCGCAGUGUGAGCCGGAAACCUCGCAUGUACCAGUUUCCAGCGGAGAUCGUUUCCAGGUCCAACAGAACCGAGUCUGAAUUUUUAUUAUUUUUAUUUUAAUCUAAUGGAUUAAUAUCACUGUGAAAAUGUCGAACUUUGCAGCAAAUGCAACCUCAAAGGACCACACAGGUGUGUUUCAACAACACUCGCACCAGGGAAGUUUCUAGAAUUCCACGAGGGGGGGUUAGCCCCAAGGGGAGUGGCAUGUUUGGGACCCAUUGGCGGCGCAGAUGGCCAUUGUUUUCAGACAGUUCAUUGAUUGGUUCAAUCAAAAAGAGCGUGAUGUUGCGCUGUAGUUCAGUAUUUAAUACAAGAGACAUCAUUUCAGGGUCAUAGUGAAAUGAAAUGUUCCUGCUUGUAAAAGAAAGACGGAUAAACUAGCUUUCAUACUUGCGUCACUCCCAAAUCCCAUACAUCGUUAAGUAUGAUGAUCGGGUAUCGGGUUGUAAUUUAAAGGGGGAGAAAACAUACAAACCAGAACGCACGCACAUUUGUAGCAUGUUAGAGUUAUAAAUAACUUGUCCAUGUGAGAAACAUUUAAUUUAAUGAUAUUACCAAAAUAAAAAUAAAGUUAUAUAUUUUUAAGCUAAUAAUGCCAAAUUAUUUGGGGGUGCUGAAGAAGUGAAUUAGGGGGGGCCUAAUGAUGCCCCUGACUCACAUGCUGCUGACAAUUGUCCAAAAGCUCCCCACGAGGUUUAUACUUUGAUUUCCUUCCUCCUGGAGAUGUAUUUCCUUAUGACAACAAAUAGACAAGGGUUUUAAGCAGGGAUGCACAAUGUAAUCUCUCAGAUGCUUAAAAGCACAUUGUCAUUGAAAAGAAGAGGGAUUAAAAUCACAUGUUCCAACAACAUAGCUCACAGAUGUAAUGCUUUUCCAGUGCAUUUCAAUAACGACUUUAUUGGCAUUGAAUCAAGUCAGCAAAUCAAGUCUCAGGAAUAUGCAACCUGGGAGAAAUUGUGAAAGAUUGUUUGUUUGAAAGUGUUGGCUGUACUGUAGUCAUAUAGGAGAACAUAAACAACCUGAAGGGGUUAGCCUAAUUCAUGAAAUUUGGAAAUAUUGUCCUUAACGAGCUGAAACCUGCAACAAGAUAAUCGUGAACAGCACAUUGUUGUGGUUUUCGAGAAAGUUUAGUUUAAAUGAAUUAAAAAGGUUUUCACCACACUGCGACAUGAAGUUGCAUUUUGUAUCUUUUUUUAUUCUUAUUUUCUUAGAAAUCAUAUAACAGUGAUUUCAGUGAAAAAUCCAAUACUUUCACUGUUGUUUACAUAAUUAAUUAAUGAUAUAAAUGGAGAUGAUUUUUUUUACAGUGUUUUAAUAAGGCUCUGUUCUGCGUUAAUAAACUGUUUGUUCAUUUGA